GAAUAUCAACAGGCCAAACACUAAACAGCACGCGAGAAGAAAUUUAAAGCACACAAUUUGUACAUUAGAACUUUCCGAAUAUGACCGACUGGACACCUCCCUCAAAGAUCGAAGACCUCUACAAAAAUGCAGAUGGUAACAAGUUUGCCUCGAUCAACGCACCUACAGCUGGGGCAAGAGAUGAUGUAGAGUUGCCUAAGGGCGAGUCUCCUAUACAGUUGUAUUCGUUGGCUACACCUAAUGGGAUCAAGGCUUCGAUCAUGCUUGAAGAGCUCUCUGAGGCCGGCGUACUCAAGUACGAUGCACACAAGAUCGACAUUUCAAAAGGAGAGCAAUUCCACAAAGGAUUUGUGGACAUCAAUCCCAAUUCGAAAAUCCCAUGCAUGCUUGACGGAGAGGGACCUGACGGCAAGCCCAUUCACCUGUUCGAGUCCGCAUCAAUAGUGCUCUAUUUGGCCGAGAAGUAUAACAUGUUCCUACCUAGCGACCCUCGUCUCAAAGCCGAAGUCAUGAACUGGAUUUUCUGGCAGAUGGCUGGACAGGGGCCCAUGACUGGCAAUUUCGGUCACUUUAUGGUUUACGCCCCGGCAGAUAAAGGUGCAGCGCGCGACUAUGGUGUAGCACGGUACGGCAUGGAGGUUCAGAGACUCUCUGAUGUUCUGGAGAAACAUCUCGCAGGUUUGUGGAAAAUUCCCCCAUUUAAUCCCGAGCACACACAUUUUGGGCUUAGUGUAUAG